AACAAAUCAAUUAAACAUCAGAAAAUAAUAACUGAGAUCUUCAUAAAGAAAGUGGAAGUUUUUUUAAAUAUAUGAAGAAGAAAAGUGCGUAGUGUGCACGGGACUUAGUUCAUUUAAUUCUCGAGCCAUUGCCGUACGGAGGAGGCUGCCUUCAAGGCUUAAGUCGAGGCGUGUUCGUUACGUUUAACCCGCAAUAGCCGGUGGCUACACACUCACAAAUCCCCUUUGACUCACCGGAUAUCGACGGUUUCCCGCUAUUUUUUCCCCUAACUAACUUUUUUUCCUUUUCUUGUAAAACUCUUAAAAACAAAACUCGGUGUUGUCUCUUUGUUUGCUCACUCCUUUUCUUUCUCUCUCUCGCCGACACUUUCAUUCUCACUUGUGUUCGUACGUAAUGUUCUUGAUCCGGUAGGUUUUUAUUUGAUUAUAAACUCAUUUCAUUUAACAAAUUGAGUCCAUCUCUCUAUGAUUCACCCAUAAGAUGAUAGAAGAAGAUCAACAUUUACGUCUGAGAUAAAUCAUGUCCUUUAAUGUAUAUUUGUUUAUUUUCUGGUCAAUCAUCGAUCUUUCUUAGUCGUAGCAGUUACACAAUGCUGAUGGUACAUGGCGGCAGAUUUUCGAUUCUUAUUAUUUAAAGACCAAAUUUAAUAAUAGAUGUAUGUACAACGAGUUUUGGUAUCACUAUCUUGUCCGGUAAUGCUCAUUGUUUAUCUUUUAAAUCUACGUCUUCUUCUGCAUAAUUGACACAAAUCACUUGUUUCAAUGGAGUUUUUGUUUGUUUGAUUUCCUCUGUUACUUAUGCAGCAAAAGAAGAAAUUGAGUUUAAAGGAGAAGUGUGAGAAGGAAGUUUCAGGAAGAUGGGUGAAGAAAAGAGGAGAAUUUCAGGAAGAUCAGUUUCACUUCCAUCGAUAGACAUAUUACUAGACGAGAAACCAGGUUGGCCAUUUCUUAAAAGAGCAAGUUUAGGGACACCACAACAAGUUCACAAAUGGCACACACGAAAAGUCUCAGUGGUCAAUUGGGUCAUGAGCUUACCUGAACGGUUUCCAAAUCAUCAACAGACUCUAAACUAUGAGACAAGCUUGAUAAAGAAACAAAUCAAGGACAUAUUGAGAGACAAUAACAAAUGGUUCAACUACAAUGUUCUUAGGAAAGCAACAUCAGAUUUCUCUCAAGAGAAUGUGAUUGGGAAAGGAGGAUGCAACGAAGUGUACCGAGGGAUUCUUGAAGAUGGAAAAGGCAUUGCAGUGAAAAUCUUGAAGUCAUCAUCUAAAGAAGCAAUGACAAAUUUCGUUCAUGAAAUCAACAUUAUCUCUUCUUUGAGUCACCAAAACAUCUCACCGUUACUUGGUGUUUGUGUCCAAGACAAUGAACUAAUCUCCGUUUACAAUCUUUCAAACACAGGAAGUUUAGAAGAAACCCUUCACGGUAAGCAAAAGGGAAAGUAUGUAUUAUCAUGGGAAGAGAGAUUCAAGAUAGCUAUCGGGUUGGCGGAAGCAUUAGACUAUCUUCAUAACCGAUGUUCUAAGCCAGUGAUUCAUAGAGAUGUCAAAACUUCUAACGUCCUUCUAUCACUUGAGCUCCAACCUCAGCUGUCAGAUUUUGGUCUGUCGAUGUGGGGACCGACAACAUCUUCUCGAUAUUCGAUACAAGGUGAUGUGGUGGGAACAUUUGGAUAUCUUGCACCGGAGUACUUCAUGUAUGGAAAAGUCAGUGAUAAAGUUGAUGUUUACGCCUUUGGAGUGGUUCUGCUUGAACUCAUUUCUGGAAGAAAUCCUAUUUCACCUCAGAAUCCUAGAGGACAAGAGAGUUUGGUAAUGUGGGUAAGUUGUUUUCUUCUGCGCUGGUUACUUGUAGCAUAAGCAACACUUCGUGAAACCUAAGAAAAGAUACCUUGGAAUGCAGGCAAAGCCUUUGAUUGAUACCGGAAAUUUAAAAGUACUGUUGGAUCCAGACGUUACAGAUAUAUUCGACGAGUCUCAGUUUCAAAGAAUGGUACUUGCUGCUUCACAUUGCCUCACAAGAUCAGCCACACAUCGUCCCAAUAUAAGACAAAUACUGAGGCUACUAAGAGAUGAAAACGAAGCCGGGAAAUGGAUUAUGGAAGAAGAAGGAAAUGAAGAUUGCUUCGAUGACGAGGUUUACCCGAAUUCCAGCACAGAAUUACACUUAAACCUUGCGAUGCUUGAGGUGGAAGACGAUGAAACUGCAUCAAUCAGCAGCAUGGAGAGAAGUAACAACAGCCUUUUUUCUUCUACUUGUUCAUCUAGGGAGCUUCAAACAUAAGGAAUUAUGCUUUUAGCUAAUAGAGAGGUUAGGUACUUAGGUUAGAGGUUUGUUUCUUAGUGUAUGGAGUUUACUUGAUAACUUUAUGUUAGACCUGAGCUCCCUGCUGUUAUCUGGACCAGAAAAUUCAUUCCCAAGACGAAUCAUUCUCAAUAUCAACUAUGCCUAUCUUUAUUAGGCAUUUCCUCAAAGUGCC